CCCUAGCGGAGACAACAUGGCGGUUAGGGCGAGCCGUAGUUUCGAGAUUUGAAUUACACGACUUGUAGCUAUUGCAUUCCUGAUGAUGGCGUCUCCGAUUUCGUGUGGCUCGCGUCAUAGCCCAGAUGAGCUCCCUGGAGACCCCUCUUCACAAGAAGAUGAGGAUUGCGAUUACGAAGAUCGGGUCAGCUACUCGGGUUCAUACUCCUCAGCGAGUAGCGAUUAUGAUGAUGUUGAACCUGAAUGGCUGGACAGUGUGCAGAAAAAUGGAGAAUUAUUUUAUUUGGAAUUGAGUGAGGAUGAAGAAGAAAGCCUCCUUCCUGAGACUCCUACAGUGAACCAUGUCAGGUUCAGUGAAAAUGAGAUUAUAAUUGAAGAGGAUGAUUACAAAGAAGGAAAAAAGUAUGAACCUAAACUCAAGCGGUUUACCAAAAUUUUAAAAACUAAAAGUCUUCUACCUAAGCGCUACAAUAAAAAAAAUAGUAAUGACAAUGGGCCGGUGUCCAUUCUAAAGCAUCAAUCCAAUCAGAAAACAGGAGUUGUUGUCCAACAGCGGUACAAGGAUGUGAAUAUUUAUGUAAACCCCAAAAAGUUAACUGUGACCAAGGCCAAAGAGCAGCUCAAGCUUCUGGAAGUCCUGGUUGGGAUUAUCCAUCAGACCAAGUGGAGCUGGAAAAAAAGUGGAAAACAGGGCAGUGGAGAGAGACUUGUGGUCCAUGGCCUGCUGCCAGGAGGCUCUGCCAUGAAGAGUGGUCAGAUAUUAAUUGGUGAUGUUCUUGUUGCUGUGAAUGAUGUUGAUGUGACCUCUGAGAACAUAGAGAGAGUUCUAUCUUGCAUUCCUGGACCUAUGCAGGUAAAACUGACUUUUGAAAAUGCGUAUGCUGUGAAAAAGGAAACAACUCAACCAAGACAGAAAAAGGCACAGUCAAACACAAAUGAUUUAGUCAAACUUCUGUGGGGAGAAGAGGUUAAAGGUAUCCAGCAAAAUAUCCUAAACACUCCUCACAUCGUUAUGUAUCUCACACUGCAGCUCGACUCGGAAACAUCAAAGGAAGAGCAGGAAAUUCUUUAUCAUUGUCCAGUAUCUGAUGCAUCUCAGAAACUUAAAAGUGUGAGAGGGAUAUUUCUCACACUCUGUGACAUGUUGGAAAAUGUAACUGGGACACAAGUUACUAGCUCAUCCCUUCUUUUAAAUGAGAAACAAAUCCAUGUGGCUUAUUGGAAAGAAUCUGACAAGUUGUUGUUAAUUGGCCUGCCUGCUGAAAAAGUUCCUCUUCCUCAGCUAAGGAAUAUGAUAGGAGAUGUUGCCCAAACCUUAAAAUUUAUGUAUGGUUCUUUAGAUAGUGCCUUUUGCCAGGUUGAGAAUGUUCCUCGUUUGGAUCAUUUUUUCAACUUGUUCUUUCAAAGAGCACUUCAGCCUGCUAAACUACAUUCCGGUGCCAGUCCGAGCGCACAACAAUAUGAUGCUUCCAGUGCAGUGCUUUUAGACGGUCUCCCUGGAGUUCGAUGGCUCAUGCUUCCGCAGGAAAUCAAGAUGGACCUAGACACAGCAUUGAGCGACUUGGAGGCUGCAGAUUUUGCAGAACUGUCUGAGGAUUACUAUGACAUGAGGCGGCUGUAUACAAUUUUAGGAUCUUCUCUAUUUUACAAGGGUUAUUUAGUAUGCAGCCAUUUGCCUAAGGAUGAUCUUACUGAUAUUGCUGUGUACUGUCGCCACUACGGCCUACUGCCUUUAGCAGCAGAACGAAGAAUUGGUCAGUUGGUUAUAUGGAGAGAAGUGUUUCCGCGACAUCACCUCCAACCUUCUACAGACUCAAACACUGAGGUCUUUCAGGAACCUGAAGGGAGAUAUUUUUUGCUAAUUGUUGGAUUGAAGCAUUAUAUGUUAUGUGUACUAUUAGAAGCUGGAGGCUGUGCAUCCAAAGCUGUUGGGAAUCCUGGACCAGACUGUAUCUAUGUGGAUCAGGUCAAAACAACUCUUCACCAACUGGAAGGAAUAGAUUGUCAGAUCAAUGAACGGCUAACAUCUUCUCCAAGCCCCUGUUUGUCUUGUGCUGACUGGUUCCUUACUGGAUCACAUGAAAAAUUAGAUAAUUUGACAACCUCACCUAUCCUCAGUAGGCUACCAGGUACUUCCAAGGUAGCAACCUCUCCAACAUGCAGAAGAAUUCUUUUUGGUGACUAUUCCUUAAAGACACGUAAGCCCAGUCCUUCCCAGAGCAGUGGAGGAUCUGACAAUGGCUGUGAAGGUGGAGAAGGUGUUGGCCUGAGCCCCCACACUAUACCCAAUGCCAUAUGGAAACAAAGAGAAUCUCAGGGCUCUGAUGGUCCAGAAAAAAGUGGGGCCUUGCUUAAGGUCACUAAAAAGAAGGCUACUCUUCCAAAUCCAUUUCAUUUGGGGAACUUGAAAAAGGACCUUUCAGAAAAAGAACUGGAAAUAUAUAACACAAUGAAAUUAACAUCUGGUCCUGAGAACACACUUUUCCACUAUGUUGCCUUAGAAACUGUGCAAGGGAUCUUUAUUACUCCUACCCAUGAAGAGGUGGCACAGCUAAGUGGCUCUAUCCACCCUCAACUAAUAAAGAAUUUCCAUCAGUGUUGUCUCUCCAUUCGUGCAAUUUUCCAACAGACAUUGGUAGAAGAGAAAAAGAAAGCACUAAAUCGUGGAGAUCAUUCAGGUUCUACAAAUUCCAUAUCUUCUCUUAACCCUGUGAAAGAAUAUGGUGUGUUGUUUGAAUGCUCGCCUGAAAAGUGGACAGAUCAGAGAAAAGCACCACCAGUUAUGGCUUACUGGGUAGUAGGGAGACUCUUUCUUCAUCCCAAACUUCAAGAACUUUAUGUCUGUUUUCAUGAUUCAGUCACAGAAAUUGCCAUAGAAAUGGCUUUUAAAUUGUUCUUUGGAUUAACCUUGUAGCUGUGUUUUCUUGAUGCACGGCAACUGUGCGUGGAACAUUGAACGGUGUUAGAAUUGCUGAAACCCAUACACAAGAAGAUAAGGGUUAACUUCUCUUAACUGUUCAGUUUUGAACAUAAUAAUGUUAAAUAUUGAGAUGAUAUGCUCUUGGAUUUGAUGCACUAAAUCUUAUGUAGUAUUGUGAGACUUUUGAAAAGAUACUUGAUCAAAAUAUAUUUAAAGAAGGGAUUGUUAACUUAUUUCCAUUUUGGUAUAUAAUGUUAAUUUAUUGACUAGUUUGAAAUAAAGUGAAGUGUUUUAUAUAAGAUUAAUGGAGGACAUAUUUAUCUUGAAACAAUACACAAUUCAUAAAUUGUGUAUUGUUCUCAAGACUAAUAAUAAUGUCUGGUAAAAGAAUCACAAAAUCGGGAGGGUGUGACCAGGUCCUAUAACUAAUUAGUGCUGGGACCCCGAGCAAGUUUUUGUACCUCUCUGAGUUCAGAAUUUUCAUUACAAAUGAGAUGACUGUAUUGAGACUUCUAAAGUCCCUCUUAAGUAAAAUGUGCAGCUUUUUUUCUUCUUGCCUACUGCUCACUACCUAAAUUUGUAAUGUCCAAGUACUGAUUCCCUAUUAGAUCAAAUUCUUUUCUUUAGUUUAACUGUUUUAAUAGAUACCUCACCGUGGGGUAGAAGAACUGAGGAAUGAAAAUUAAACUUAUUUUUCUAUUUAUUUGAUUCUCUUUACUAUUUCAGGUCAGCUCUGUUUUGACUAGGAUAUAGUUUUUAAACUAUUUGUACAUAAACUUUUAUUAUUUUUCUUUUUAUUGAAAUAUAUUCAGGUAUGCACACCAUCUUAUAUAUAUAGUUCAUGAAUUUCAGGACAGCUAUAUAUAAAUCUUUUUUAAAAACCUAAUCAUGUUAAAAACACUGAAAAAGUUGGGUUAAAGAAAUCCUGUGGUGACUUCUUCUGUUAAAUACUAAUUUUUGCCUUAUAAAUAUGGUUUGUUAUGUAUUGGGUUUUCACAAAGGAAGGUAUCUUAAUGAACAAUAGUUUACUUGACCUUUAGUAGAGAAUGAAAACUAAUGGGAUAAGAGUUUUCUUUGGCUGUGAGAAUUUGGUGGAUUGAGAAAAAAGGAAAAUAUAACAAAAUACUGAAUUUUUAAUUAACAUUUACCUAAUGGAUCCUCCUGAAUUCUCACAUGCCCCCAAGACUACAAUACUGGGUUUUUUUCUUCUUCAGGACUUAAGCUUUGGAAGGGAAAUUUUGCCAACACAUCUAAAGUCCGUCUCUAUUGCCCUCUCCUCAAACGCCUGGAACAUGAGCCCUCCAGGUUAGACCUAACUGUAAAACACAGUUGGUGCGCCAUUUGAAACAUUUGGUCUUAGAAGAAACACUGUUACCUCUUUAUAAAGCAGCUUAAGAGAUUUUCACCCAGGUAUUUAAAAUGCAAACCACUGUAUUUGUCCUGUUAGUGAUUUGUGGGUCUUAAAUUUAGCAUUUAAAUCAGAGCAAGAAACUUCCGUUCUUGAAAUGUACAAAAUGGCUUGACAUAUCCUCCCCUUAAGAUCACAAUAUUGGUCAGAAUGGCAGACUCUUAACCACUGCCUUGGCCCUGCUUGUAGACAUAUAUGAGUAAUAAGGCACUUUGUUUAAAAGUAUUUAUUCAAUGUCUUAAAUUUCUUAAUAUGUCCCCCAAAACACCAUGAGCUAUUUUCAGUACUGAGAUUUAUUAAAAAUUGUAGCUAUUAGUCACCUCAGAUUUUCAAACAGACUGAACUAAAACCUGGGAUUUUAUUAUAAGGGACUUUUUUGUUUCAUUUAAUGAAAUUUUGGUCUUUUGAACUACUUUCCUGGUAUCAAAGCAUCUUCAGACCACCAUUCAAUAACAAAAAUAAAAACAAAAUAGACUACUUACCUUAAUAAGAGGAAAAUCAUUUGCUGUAUUAUAGAUGUAUACUAUAAUGUCCAUGUUGUAGAGACAUUGCGUUUUUAAGAAAUAAAACCAGAUAUCGUGGUUGUCAUCUCUAAAUGGAUAUUGAAGCAUUGUAACUAAACCUAGCUGCCCAUUUUUCGAAAUAUGUUCAGAUACACAUCUGAAAGAUCAAGUUAAUUAUUGGCCAAUGAGUGCCUAUCUGCCACUUUAUUAAAGAAAAGGGGACAAUGUGACACUGCAGAUACCCCAGAGGUGUGCUUUGGCUGAUACAGAAACAUUCUUAAGUUGAAUUUUAUGUUCCCUUUCAGACUAUUAAUGCAAAGGAUUAUAGAAUAUCAUUUUUUGAAAUAUCGAGUACUGUUUUAUCACCAUCAUAUAUCUUUUAGCCCCCCAAAAUUACAUUUUAGAUUCUACACCUUCCUCCUUUCUCCCUCUCCUUUCUUUACUGUUCUUUUGUUUGUUUCUUUUUGUCAGGUUAGAAAACUGUACUUAGCAAGGGAGAGUUUCUUAUUUGUGCCAAGGAACUGUUGAUGAUGAUACAUACUGGCAAGAUAGUAAAUUUGCAGUACCUGCUUUUUUAUAUUUCUGACACAAAUGGGGAAAGUCAUGAAACCAAUUUACUAGGUUUGUCUGCUUUAAACAUUCUUGAAAAUAAUAUUGUGAAUAAUCAUUUGUUGUCUGUGUAAAUUCCCUCUAAAUAGUGCCUGGCACAUAUCACGUGUGCUAUAGAAGUGUUAGCUAUUCCUACUACCGCCAUUUAUUAUUAUUAAAUGUCCAGUGGUUAAAAAAACCAAGGUGUCAGCUAAAUCAUACCUGCUACUGUACAAAAUGUUGGAAAGAAGCUGAGAAAAAAUAUUCAGCACUAAACACUUUUGAGAACAAGGAUGUAUACUUUGGAUAUUUUAAAAUAUAUUAUUAAAUGUUACUAAAACUUUAUACACUAAACUGUGUGAAAAUAAUUUUGUAGAGUUGUAUUUCUAUAUUCUCUAUAAUUGAAGCUAUUUUUAUAUUGAUAGUCUUUAAUAAAGAUAGU